GAGGCGGGAGAGGGAAGGGCGGGGUCCUCCACCGGCCGCCCUGCGGCCACCCUCUCCCGGGGCAGCGGGAGGCCUGAGGAGAGGACUGCGGUCAGGCAGGGGCCUGCGGACCCGGGGUGGGGGGCGCGUGCGGGCGCGUGUGCGUCAGCCUGACCCGCGCGCCUCUGGCCGUAGGUGCGGAGGCCACUGAGUCAGCGUGGGCCCGGGUGGCCUGCUGAGCCCUUGGCUUUGCCUGUGGGCCUGCCUGCCUUGGUCUCUCAGGGUGUCUGCCUGUCUGGCGGGGGCUGUUAUUGCUGGUGAAGACCUGUGUCCACGUCUCUGGGUGUCUGCCUUCCCCCCCAUGUCCGUGGGGUCUCUGUGUGACGGUGCCAUCCUGUGUCUAGACUUUUCCUCUGUAUCUGCAUAUGAGCGUGUCUGUGACCAUGGCGGGUGUGUCUCGCCCACUGGUUACCUGUCUUGUCUGUCCAUCUGUGUCAUUUUUGGAUGUUGCUGGAUGUUUUUGUGUGUGGCUGUGGGGUUGAGUGGGGGUGGGGGAUAUCUGGAUGUGCCCCUCCCACAAAUGCGAGUGAAAGACUGUAUACACCGGGACAGGCGGCCUAGCAGGGUUGUCUCCCUUCUUGCCGCACGAGUCUCCUAGCCUGGGGUCCCUGAUGCCCCCGCUCCUUCCUGCCCCUCUCAGCCUUGACUGGCUCAUAGACGCCCUGGAUGGGCUGGGAGCUUGGAAGGGCAGGAAGUGUGUGGGUGACAGGACACGGGCGCUGUUUCUAUUGCAUCCUCUGUAAGUGCCCCCUUAGAGGGGAUCAGAGACCCCUACCCGCUCCUGACCAGGGGCUAAUUUGCGGACUGUGUACUGGGCCCUCAGAGUGCCAUGCGUGGCCCUUUGGUGGGUCUGCCUCAUUCACAGGCCUCCAGUAACUGAGUUAAGGACCCUCAUCAUCCCCAUUUUACUCUGAGGUUCAGAGACUUUAAGUCAAUCACUUUAUACCCAUGCAUCCAGGUUCCAGAGCCCCCACACUUAACCACCACACAAAUGGGGGUCCAAAUCCUUUUUUUCUUUGGGCUCAUCUGAGACAAAGUUGCAGGAUCUUUCCCCAUGAAGUUCUCCCCUUCAAAACAAUGGAAGGAAGGAGAGGGAUGGGCAGCCACUGCCUUUUAGCCACACAUCUCUCAGGUCACGCUAGGUUCCACGGUCGCCAGCCCCAUGCACACGUCCUUACAGGGCCAUUGUGCCUACACAGGCUCCUUUCUCUCCCCCCAAAAUUGUAAAUUAUAGUUUGUGGUUGCAUUGUUAUAAAGACAAACAUAAUCCGGGAUUAGAUUCACCUUUUUUUCUUGUGAUUUUAAAUAAAUGAAGGCAUUCCUGCAGUCCCUACAGGUGUCAGGGCCCAGGCCCUCCGUGCCGCGUGUGUAUAAGUUGGCUCUGGUCGUGUCCACGUCUGGCCAGAGGAACAGUGUUCUUGACUCCGUGGUGUGAGGAUAGGAGUCAGCAACUGCCAGUCCAGAAAGAAUGCCUUUUUAAAAAUUAAACUGUUUCAAGAAACUAUGACAAUAAUAUGCAGUCACCACCCCCAGGGACCCAACCAAAGGAAUCAAGUCAAUAACCCCCUUCUCAUUCCCGCACCGUGGAGGCCCCACCUGAUGCCCGUCUUGCCCCGCCAUCCCGCGAAUUGGACAUGCUGCACAGAAGCACAGACACCCAUGUGUGCCCAUUCAUCUCUACACAGGGGUUAGCAUUGGGAAUAAACCAGGCACCUUGCUUUUCUCACUCGGUGGCAUCGCAGAGAUGUCAGCAGAUGCAGAACUAACCGCUUCCUAGAGGCCACCUGCCCCUUCGCGGUAUGGCUGCCCCGCCACGCAUUUGGCUGUUUCUUUACUGAUGGGCACUUACCUGUGUCCAAGUUUGUGGCUGGCUGGUUGGUCUUUUGCCUCGAGGAGCAGUGCUCCAAUAAACAUCUUUUUUCUCUAAAAACCUUUUGCAUGGAGCUUUUAUUGCCACGGGCAGUGUCUCAGGAACACAGUUGCUGGGGUUUGGGGAUUCGCGCACUGCCAGCCAUUCUCCAGAAAGGUGGGGGACUUGGUUCCUGCAGGGGACAGCGAGAGGGCCGGUUUUUGUCUCUUCGCUGGUGCUAGAAGUUGGCUUAUCUAUUCACUCAUCUCCAUGUUGGGUGCCUCCCUGGGGCGUCCGUUCUGAUAGAGGGAAGACGGGACGAACUGGAAAGCAACUUUUUAAAAAGACAGUUUUCACUUGAUGCUGUGUGUGCUCGAAGAAGAUGGGGGGGGUGUUGGUGCUGUAGCCCCGGGGCCUGUGAGAGGGGGAUUCUUCAGGGAGGUGACAUUUGAGCUGGUGGUGAGGAAGAGCCACACGCGGAAGAGCAUUCCCUGGAAGAAGAGCAGUUGGAAGGCCAGUGGGCCUGGGGCCAAGUGUCCUGUAGAGGGAGGAGAGAGGUGGGGGGGCGUCAGUCAGGGGCCGACCGUGAGGGCCACGCGGGCUGUAAAGACGGUGGGUGGUGUCUCAGGCCCUGAAAGCCGCUGGAGAGCUUUAAGCCAGAGCACGUGUUUUCUGUGGGCAGGCACUGUGCCCUGGAGUUUGCAGACGUGAAGGGGUAGAUCCUUUGUGACUCAGUGGGGCUUCUUAGCCGCCACACCACCAACACCCUCCAUGGUGGGCCAUCCUGUGAGGCUGGGCUGUUGAGCAGCCUGCCUAGCCUACCCGUGCCCCCCAGCAGCAGGCCUCCCCAAGCUGUGGCGAGUACGGGUGUCCCCAGACUCUGCCAGCGGCUGCCCCACUGGAGAGCCACUACCCCACAGGCCUCUCUGCCACCUGUCCUGUGUGUGCCCCCAAUGAACUUAAAAUUGGGGACAUUUGGCCUCAAAAAGACCCGUUUUCUUGUGGUUCUUACUCCUUACGAAGCAUCAGAAUCAUCUUGGAAGCUUGUUUGGGAAUUCUGAUGCCUGGGCCUCACCCCGGUUCAGAGGGUCUGGGCAGGGGCCCAGGAACCUCCUUUCUGAGUAAGAAACACCCCUGCUGGUUCUGGCACUUGAGAACACAGUACAGUGGCUAACGGGCCUUUUGGGGCAGAAGACUGGGUGUGUCUGGGUGUCCUGAGGGGUUGGAGGCUUAGGAGGCGCAUUCUGGCCCAGCAGAAGGAAAGCCUGUGUCCAGUGAGAGGUGGCAGUGGCACAGAAAGCUCCCCGUCGCCGGCGGUGCACAAGUCCUGGCGGGUCCCCACGCGGCCAGGGCUGAGCCGGCGUGUCUUGAACGCCAGCAGUUGGCCCUGACCUGUGCCACCCGUCCUGUUUCACUUUGCCUUUUCUUUAAACUGGCUCACUGAGUCGUGCUGUUUUGCAUUUUAACUUAAACCGACUUCAUUCAAAGCGGCCCUCUCGCUGUGUGACUGCUUUAAAUAAAGCUGGGUGUUGGUGGGCGUGGCUAUAAAAGGAGGCGAACACUAACACAAAUGAAAAAGGCGAUUCUGGCUAGAUACUAUGGGGCCUGUAAUUUGGGGGAGAGUAGGCAGGGCGGGAGGGGUGUUAGGACACCCCCGCUGCCCCUGAGCAUGUAGGGCGAGGAGGAGAAUCAAGCUGGGCUGCGUGUUCCCUUCGCAGCCCCCCAAGCGCCCCGCCUAGGCCCCCAGGCGGCCCUGUCGCGCUCUGGGAACAGACUUGCCUGGCGCCGUGGUAACAGCAGCCGCCAGCAGUGCCCCUUACCGUGCGCCGCUGGCUGCCGGAUCCUCUAGGGUCUCUGUUGGUUGAACCUCACGGUUACCCCGUGGGACGGGGCGCAAGCAUCCUCGGGGUCGGGUGCAGUUGGGGCACCUGGUGGGGCCUCGGGCCAACACGGACCCAAGGGUGGGGUCUGGGAGGAGGCAGGGGUGCCGUUGCCCCCCAGCCCGCGGGAGCGGGAGCGUGCGCAGGGGUCUGGGCGCGCGCUUGAAAGGCGACAAGCACGUGGGCCCCUAUGAGCUCCGGUCCCAGCUGUGCGGACAUGGGCGAGUGGCUUCUCUCUUUGGGCCUCAGUUUCCUCAUCCGAGAAACAGGGCGGGUGGAAGUAGUACCAGCCCUUAGGGUGUUGGGAGGAUUAAAUGGGACGCUUGCCAGGUGCCCUGCCUGCGAUGGUCGCCCAGGUGUGUGUGCCCCCCCUGCCUGUCUCCUACAGGGUGUGCGUCUGCCCGUCUGCCUCGCAGGGCAUCGUCUUUCUCCCCCACCCCAGGCUGUGUGUCCCCCGUCACUGUGGGCGCUGGAGGGAUGGCCGCCCAGCUGCCGACUGAUGAGGCCCAGGGGACCAUCCCAAGAUAAACAGCCGCCAAGAAAGGUGGGAGUGGUCAGUCCCUUCGUGACCCCACACCUUGUUGAAAUCACUUCAGAUACAUCCUGUGUGCCUCCCCUAAAUCCUCUUAGCCUUUCUGGCCGUUUCUUCAGACCUGUGUAAGGAGGGCCCCACAGUGGGGGGCUGUGGGUUUCCUCUUGCAGGAGUCAGUGACGUUCAGGGAUGUGGCUGUAGACUUCCCCCAGGAGGAGUGGCAGCGGCUGCAACCUGCCCAAAAGGACCCGUGCAGAGAUGUGAUGCUGGAGACCUACAGGAACCUGGUCUCGCUGGACUUGGAGACUAGACCUGAAAUGAAAGAAUCGGGUCCCAAGGAGGACAUUUCGGAAGACAGAGCGCCGGUCGGGGCGGUCGCGCAGGAACCUGAGAGGAGCGGCGCGUGGGCCCCCGCCUUUGGGGGCGUGUGGACGCGGGAAGCGCGAGGGCCUGUGCGGAGCGCGUGGGACCGGCCCGGGCCUUGGCCCCCGGGCAGUGUGAGCCUCGGGCCUUGGUCAGCCGGGGCCCCGCCCUGGGCGCCCCGCCGCGCGAGCCCCCGAGAGAAGAGGGGGCCCGGCGGCUGGGCAUGCGCGGGGAGAGCUCCCUGAGGGGCUUGGCGCCCUCCGCGCCGGACGCGGCGGGGAAGCCUUUUGGCUGCACGGAGUGCGGCAAGGCGUUCGGCCGGAGCUCGUCCCUGCUGAAGCACCGCCGGAUCCACACCGGGGAGAAGCCCUUCCAGUGCGCCGCGUGCGCCAAGGCCUUCAUCGAGCGUCCCUCGCUCACCAUCCACCGGCGCGUGCACACCGGCGAGAAGCCGCACGCGUGUGGUGACUGCGGCAAGGCCUUCAGCCAGCGCAUGAACCUGACGGUGCACCAGCGCACACACACCGGCGAGAAGCCGUACGCCUGCGGCGUGUGCGGGAAGGCCUUCCGCAAGACCUCGUCCCGCGCCCAGCACGAGCGCGUGCACACCGGCGAGAAGCCCUACACGUGCGGCGACUGCGGCAAGGCCUUCAGCCAGAGCAUGCAUCUCGUCGUGCACCAGCGCGCGCACACCGGGGAGAGGCCGUACGUGUGCGGCGACUGCGGGCGCGCCUUCAGCCAGAACAUGCACCUGACGGAGCACCGGCGGACGCACACGGGCGAGAAGCCGUUCGCGUGCGCGCAGUGCGGCAAGGCCUUCAGCCAGAGCGCCUACCUCAUCGAGCACCAGCGCAUCCACACCGGGGAGAAGCCAUACAGGUGCGGCCAGUGCGGCAAGGCCUUCAUCAAGAACUCCUCGCUCACCGUCCACCAGAGGACCCACACUGGCGAGAAGCCCUACAGCUGCGGCGAGUGCGGCAAGGCCUUCAGCCGCAGCACCAACCUGACGCGACACCUGAGGAUCCACACCUAGGGGGCCUGCCACAGCGUGCCCCAGAACCCACACCCGGCGGGCCCUCCACCCGGGAAGUUAUGACAUGGGACCCCCGGGUGGCUGGUGUGAGGCGAGGCCCGCCCCAGCGGCUCCCAGAGUGGGGGUGGGGGGCAGGCUCCUGCCCUACGUGGCGCAGGCCCAUGCCAGUGGGCAGCAAGGCCCUGCACGGCUACUGUAUCUGGGAACACGGGCGGUUCCCUGAGGCUGGCAGCUUACGGAGCGCCAGGAACCAAGGGCGUCUGGUUCCACACCAAGUCUCUGGGUAAAUUGUUGCAAGAGCUUGGAUGAAGCCUCGAGGGCCUCUGGGUCUCCCGCAGUGAACACGGGACAUUUCUCCCUAGCCACACACCCUGGAGCCAGUUGAGAAGCAGGCGGUCUCUGUAAGAUAAAUUCUAACCGAAAUAAGCAGGUGACAAGAGGCAACAAAGGGCCAGGCAGUUUAUUUGAGCGCAAUCCCAGGCGACGUUCCCCGGUCUGGCUAGUCACAGGUCAGGGAAGUCGCACUCAGCCGGGCAGGCAGCGAGUUUUUGAAGAAGGUAGGGGGAGGCAGAGCUUAGAUUUACGGGGGCGCCAGGAUCGGCUAGCCCAAGGCACAUUUUUCAGGUUGGGAGGGGGCAGCAGCCGGGGACUUUGGCACGUCAUCAGUGUCCGAGGUGCUCACCCCUCCCUCUGGUGCCUCCAGCCUUACAGUCUCCACCUGCGAGCUUCCUGGGCAGGGUAGGCACGAGAGGGGCUGCGUCCUUCCCAAGCCCGGCGCCCCCGUGAACUUCUUACCAAAUAUGCUGGAAGCCCCCAGCCAGUAAGUGUGGAAGUAGGCAAGUUGUUUGUGAGGGGUACAAUUUUUUUUUUUUGAAUUAGCAAAUAACAGUAGCCACUUCAGAUGCCACAGUUUCCAUAGUAGUCUGUUAAAUUUUUUUAAAAAUAAAACUUUUAAUUAAGGGAGACCAAUGUCAUUUUGAAUAGUCAUCAGCUACAGAAAAAUACAGGUACCAGUUGCCCUGUCAAAAUCGGCUUCAGUGCUUGUGGGGAGAGGGGCAGGCAGGGGAACAGCCAGAGGCCUGGCAUCCAAGUAUAGAUACUUGGGGACUGAAGGAGCAAGCGCGUCGUGGCACAGACCAUCCGUUCUUAGGAUUGUUUUUGAAGCUAAAGUUGACGGCACCUCCGGGUGUUUCCCAAGGCCGACCCGAAGUUUACAGGAGUUCCCCCAGUCUCCUUCCUCUCGUGUCUUCCUCGCCACCCUUUUUACUUGAACACUUUGUGCUGCUCACCACAGAUGUCCUGGUGUUUCCAAAUGUCCCGCACUUCCUAACACUGGUGUACACGAAAAAUAAAUAAUUCGUUUUUAAAAAUCA